CGGAACCGAACAUUCCACCUUCAUUUCGUUGCAAGAGGAAAGAAGCGUGUUUGUAAAACGUGUUUGGAAAAUGGCUUCUAUUGGGGGUAAAAAGUUAACCCAACUUCGUGUUGUUGAUUUGAGAGCAGAACUAGAGAAAAGAGGUUUGGACAAAACCGGUCUUAAGGGAGCUUUAGUGGAGCGACUGGAGAAAUCGUUGCUGGACGAAUCGGCAGAUUUAAACGAGUCAGCAGAGAAGGAAUGCGAGGGCAACGAAAAGGCAAACAUUGCUGAAUCCGAAGCCACUCAAACGCCAAACGGCAACGUGGACGGAGAUGAUGAAAUUCCAGAUGAUUUUUCAGGUUUCAUUGUGUUAGAUGGUGAUGACAGUGAAGCCGAGAUUGAUGAUGCAGAAGAAAAACAGGAGGGGCAUGGCAGUGAAGAAGUGGAUGAUGUUCUUUUGAGUGAGAAAAAUGAAGAAACUGAGAAUGAAACUGUUGAACAGGUUGAUGUAACAGAGGAGGAUAAACCAGAAAAUGACUUGGGAGAAUGUUCUCCAGAAUAUGAAUAUCAAGAUGAACCAGAGGUUGUUGAUGAAGGACAAGAGGAUGAAAACGAAGAAGAAGAGAUGGUUGAGGAAUCAAAUGUUGAACCUGAAGCAGAUGUGUCUACCACAAAACCAAGUGAAAAUCAAUUGUCGCUGUCAAUGUGUGUUAACACGGAUGAUGUUCAAGAUGAUCUGGAUGAAGAUUUGAAAGAAGUGGAUUACGACGAAGCUGUAGAAGACGAGGGCAUGGACGAAGAACAGCCGGUCGAAAAUGCUCAUGAAGAUGUCGAAAAAAUGGAAGCUGACGAAAAUGUUCCAGAUGAAGACGACGAAGCAUUAGCAGAGAGUCAGGAGGGAGAUCAAGAGAUGACUGUGGAUACUGAGGAAAAGACAGUUGAAGAGGACGAUGUGAAAGUCGAGGCUGAAAGCGAUAAAGAGGAAGCUGUUGAUAAGGAAAAGGAAGAAGAUGGGACUGAGGCUCAAACUGAGACAAAGGCGAAAGAAACUGAAAAGAAAGAGGCGAAAAAGGAAAGCAAAACCGAGGAGAAGAAAGACGAGAAAAAAGAUGGAAAACAAGUGAAGAAAGAAGAGCCAGCUAAGAAACCAGCAGUGAAGAAGGAUGAAAAGAAAGUAGAAAAAAAACCAGAGACCAAGGAUGAAAAGAAACCGGGCGAGAAGAAAAGUGCAGCAGAUGCAAAGAAAACCGGAAUAGAUGCAAAGAAGAAAGAAAUGGGAAAAAGUUUAUGGGUCAGUAACUUGUCCUCCAUGACUCGUGCAGCUGAUCUGAAGACAAGAUUUAGUCAGUAUGGAAAGGUUGUGGGUGCUAAGAUAGUAACCAACUCCAAAUCUCCUGGCGGUCAGUGCUUUGGUCUGGUUACAAUGUCAACCAGCGAAGAAGCUGCGAAAUGUAUCCAGCAUCUCCAUCGGACCGAAAUGCAUGGACGUAGUAUAACAGUCGAUCGGGCUAAAGGUGAUCGUCUCCCAACUGCCGCUGCAACAACUGCUAAAAAACCUGCUGCAAAGAAAGUUACCAAACCUGCGGCGACCAAAACAAAAGAUGACAAGGCAAAAGAUGAGAAAGCGAAGGACGACAAGGCAAAGGAUGAAAAGGCAGCGAAGAGUAAAGAUAAGAGCAGCGAGAAGAAGGCAGCUGACAUCAAGACAAAAUCGGAAAAAUCCGACGAGAAAUCAUCGGUUGUCAAAUCGGAUGGCAAGACGACUGCAAAGACUGGAAAAGAAAGCGAUGCGAAAGGGGAAAAGGGGAAAACCGAUAGUAAGACCACAAAAGCAAGCUCCGCGAAGAAAGACGGGAAAGAUGACAAGCCCUCUCAUCGGCGUUCCAGCCCUGCCAUCAAGUCCCUUGAAGAUGUGAGACGUGAGAAACGUGAACGUCAAGUGCGUGAAAGAAGAGAACGGGAACGACGGGAACGAGUACGUCGAGAACGCGAACGAAUUAUGCGUGAGAGAGCAAUGGAACGUGAACGCGAACGAAUUAGACAACGUGAGAGAGAAAGACGUCGUGUACAACUGUUACGCGAGAGAGAAGAACGCGAGCGUCAAGAACGGCUGAGAUUGGAACGCGAACGAAUGAGACAACGAGAAUUGGAACGUGAGCGGGAACGAGAGAGACAAGAGAGAGAACGUUUGAGACUCAUCCAAGAACGGCAGCUGCGUGAAGAUCGCGAGAGAUUGGAACGUGAACGUGAAAGGCUAGAACGUGAGCGCUUGCAGAGGUUGGAACGUGAACGAAUGGAACGACAACGUGCCGAAGAACGUCGUGGUGUGAAGCGACCCGGAGAUCCCUAUGCCAGAGAGAAAUCCCCAACACGUGGCCCUGGAUAUUGGCCUGAUAGUAAGAGACCUGCGACUGAAAGAAGUGGUGAUGGUCGAGAGUUCUUCAGUGGUAUGUCCAGUCGUGAUCGUGGUGCUCGCGAUCCCCCUGAAACAAGACCAGCUCCGAGCAGAGAACGCCGUGGUGAUCCUCGUGGUGACCCCCGUGGUGAUGCUCGUGGUGGGCACUCAGACCCGCGAAGCAGUCAUUCCACGCGUGAUGAGGUGCCACGUGAUGAACAUCGUCGUGCCGAGCGGGAUCGUCCGAGUGCAAGUCGAUCAACCCGCGAGUCCCCUCGUGAACGUGACUCGCGCGACCGUCGACCAAGCUGGGAACAUGGUGCCGAGAGCAGCAGCGACCCACAGAAAGGAUUGUCAUUGUUGUUACAACGUGCUGGCGUCAGUGGCAUCCUGGGAAGUGAAGUAAGCGGUCGUUCGAGUUUGACAAAACCAGUUGUUCCUGCUGGUAGUUCAUCAAGUCGCGACAGACCUGGAGAAAGUUGGAGUGAACGUAGCAGUGCUCAUGCUCGUCCUAUUAUGUCAUCCCACAGUUUGGCACCCCCCGGGAAUGCAACAGCUCGUGCUGGAAGACCUGUUGUGAGUGAGCCUGCACGUGGGUGGCCUGUUGAGAAAGAGCACGACAGAUCCCGGGAGCGUGAUCGUGGUGUUGCUACGCGAGAAAUGUCCCGUUCUGCUUGGAGUGCUUCUACAAAUCCUUCAAGCGCCAUGUUGCCUCCAUCUAUGGAUCGAUCUCGUACAGUAAUCCCACCAAGCCGUAGCUCGGCUUUGCCAACAAGAAUUAUCAGCCAACAUUCAGCCCCAUUGCCUAUGACUGUACCUAUUAUUGACAGCCGUCGUCCUGUCCCUAUGUCUGGUCGUGGUGACCCGUUCAGGGGUGCACCUGUGCCCACCAUUCCUCGUAGUGCCAUGAGACGCUAUUAAGAAAACAAACUUGAAGCAUUUUACUUUUUGACCAUUAGAACUUGACUUUUAACGGACAAUCAAGAAAUUAUUGGACACAACACAAAGUCGCAUUUCUGUUCUGGUGCAUUCUCAUGUAAUUGAACUUUAGAAUUAAAUGAGGAGUCGUCAUUUCCUCUGGUGCGACAUUUUAUUUGAACUUUGGAUAUUGAGAUAUGUUAUUGACGAAACCUGGUGUAGUGAAUUGCUCUGGUGUAGUGAAAGUGAAUCGAUUACAUUGGACUUCCAGUUUGGGCGGUGGAAAAGAGCCAGAAAAGCGAAAGUUUACACAUAUAUACGCGCACAUGUGGAAAAGUUUCGAAGAUCAAGCAAGCUCCUUCCAGUGGAAUGCAAGUGUUUAAACGACUCGUUACGUGAAGACGUUUGACUGAAGACAUGUCGUAUUUGUCCUUGGAGAACUAAAUGGGUUACUCGAAACGAUUUCAUUAUCCGAAUAGACAAGAUAUUCGUUCAUUUGUAGUAUGAGAUGAAUUAUCAUUCCAGAAUAUUUUUCUUCAUGAACAUCCUUGAAACUAUCAGCUCGUUUUUAAAAAUGCGCUACUUGCAUGAUUUUAGUAUUUUUAGAUCCAUAUGAGAAACUUAGGGUACGAGGUUGAAUGGUAUAGUUUCCUAAGUAACGCUUCGACCUACUCAUAGUGUUUGUAGCUUAUUGGCUUUUCAUACUUAAUGUAACGUGUUUUUAAACUUUCAGUGAUUCAAAUCCCUGCGUAUGCGUCGAAAUACAUUCUGUUUUUUGACCUGAAAUAAAAUAUAUGUGCAAGGAUUCCGUACAUUUCCUAGAAAUAGGGUUAACUAUUAUUUUGCCUCUAAACAAUGAAGUUUUCAAAGUAGAGUUGCGAUAUUGGAGAGCACAAACGGCGACAAAUUGUACGUUCGCAUGGUAAGUUAAUUACGCUUUCACCAAGACGGAAAUUGAGAAUCUGGCCUUAUCCAGUUUUCCGAAAGAACAUCGAAGAUAGAGGUAAAAUCCCAAAUAGCGCAGUUCCAUGCUAAUACGGUGCUACUUGCUACAGAACAGUCUACUGGGCGUGACCAAUCUGUGGUGCACAAGGGUUUGUUUUACUAAUAUCAGCAGCACCUUUUCUAAAAUUAAUAACAAUUUCGAAAAUGGAAAACCUAUUUUCCGCGUUAUCGUUUAGCAAUUGACAGUAAUGUUACCGGACAAAUGAUUCCUGAAUGAUAAUGUGACCAGAAUUAACGACGUAAAGAAGCGACUGCUUGUUCUAUCAAAUUGUGGUCUGUUAGUUAAAUUCCCAAUUGUGCCGACAUAAGAAAUAACCGAGACCAAGACAGAAAAUGAAAUCGAUUUGUAUUGUAUUGCAUUGUACUGUAUUGUAUUGUAUUCAACAAAAUGAUAAGAUCGGCUAAUGAAAAUUCGAUAUUUCUGUUCAUUCCAUUAUCUUGUAAAAGGUACGGUUUCUAUAGCAUUUCUCGUUUAGAAACCCGGCAUUACAGCAAUUCAGCCUGCCUUUAAGGAAUUAUUGGUUCAUUUUCACGUUAUCGGUUCGUCUAAUUCAGCAAGUUUUUAUCAAAGAUCAGGGGCGGGCAUAUCAGCAAGUCGAAAAGUUGCAGCUAGUCCAUAGCAUAUAUAAAAUGAUUUGAAUGCCUGGUUAUGGUAAGUAUAAAAUUGAAUUAAUUAUUGGUACAAAUUAAAACUACGUUCAUAUAAACUCAACUCUAAAUGAUUUUGCAAUCCUAAAUGAAAAGAAAAAGUAAAGAAAAAGUAAAAUAUAUUUAUUACUAUAAUGACUAAAGUCCAACUAAAUUAAAAAUAUCAAUUCAGCAAAAUAUUUAUUGUGAUCUUAAACACUGAGUAAGGUCAUAUUCAUGUUUGUUUGGUUAAAUGGAAAUUAAACGCCUCUGUUUAAAUAUGUAAGGCUAGGAUAUCGAAGAUUCGUAAGCCUCUUUAAUUAUCUUAUUUAUUUAAUACGAGCUGUGAAUAUUUUCAUCCAAUGCUUCGCCUUCGAUGUUAUAUGUAACUGGACUAUUCUCAUUCUCUUUUGAUUGAAGAAGACGAUUUAUGUUAAUAUGACGUAAAUGUGAAUAAUGAGGCCAAAUGUACGGUGUAAGAUAGAGAUAAUAAAGUUUUCUACA